AUGUUACGGCAUCGACGCUUAACGGUGAUAAUUUCAAGUUCUGUAAAACCUGGUGAUUUACCAAUAGCCAAUGAAGUAAAAGCAGGGUAUGAUUCAAGCAGGUUGAGUGAGUCCAGUGAAAUGGCAAGUGACGGUGGUUCCAACAAGCAUGCUGAUAAAGGACCAAAGAAGAAAAAAGGGAAAGCCACUGGAAAUACAUUAGCAAAUCAACCUGAAAGUGGUGCUAAUAACCAAGAGCAUACUUCUACCAAAUCUAAGAAAAGCCAGCAAAGGGGUAAGGAUACAUCUUCACAAACAUCAGAUUCAAAGCAAGGUUCUAGGAAAGAAUCACUUAAAAUGAAAGAGGAUAAUCUCAGUAAUCCCUCAGAAGAAUGGAUCAUGGAGAAGAUUACAGCCUUGAUUCCUGAUUUUGAAGAAGAAGGUAUUGAUGAUCCUGAAACGAUUCAUAGGAAGGUAUUGUUUAAAGACAAUGCAGAAAGAAUGAAACAAUUGCUUGAUAAUUUUCAGAAAAAACUUGAUGAGUCUUUCUUAAACAUGCGUUUGUAUGAAAAAGCCUUAGAAUUGUUUGAAGAUGAUCAAUCAACUUCUGUUGUUUUGCAUAGGCAUUUACUAAGGACAGUAGCAGCUCCUAUGGUUGACAUGCUUCUUCAUGACUUGGAUGAGCACAACAAAUUAAAGAACGGAGUAGAAGUGCAGGAAUCUCCAAAUUCUGAGUCUAUUUCGUUUAGUCCUGGAGAUAGAGCUGCAAUUUCCAAGAGUUUUCCAGGAGCUCUUGCAAAUAAGGCUCUUGCUGUUGUAGAAGCAUUGGAAGGAAAGAGGGUGGAAACAUUCAUGUCAUCAUUCAGAGCUGUGACAGAAGAGAGUGGGCUGCCUUUGGAAAAGCUUGACAAGAAACUAGAAAGAACACUUCUAAAUUCAUAUCGUAAAUUACAAAUUGAUGUCACCUGA